GGAGGACAACAUCCCUUUCCCUCUCUUCCAAAACCCCAACCCUUGCACACGAAACCCUAAUGCCCCAUGGCGGACCACAGAGAGGAGCUCCAAACCCUAGACCAAGAACCAUCGAAUCCCCGGCAGCCCCCGAAGAGAAAGCCUGAUCUCGACUCCGUCGACGAAGGCGAAGAGGACUGGCGGAAGAAGACCAAGCCGCAGCCCGAGAUCCCCUCUUCUUGCCCCAAAGAACCCCCCGACGACGUCAAAGCCGAAGAAGACGUUGACGGCGGCGAAGAAGAUGGAGAGGAGGCUGGGGUUGAUCCCAACGGGAAUGCAGCCGUCUUCAAGGGGAAGGGAGUGGCGGCGGCAGUGGAUAAGGGGAAGGGGAAGAUGGUAGUGGAUGAAGACGAGGACGAGGAUGAGGAUGAUAGCAGUGAUGACGAUGAUAGUGGCGAUGUGAUUGGAGGGGAGGACGAUGAAAGCGAUUUCUCAGAUGAUCCCCUUGCCGAGGUCGAUCUAUCGAACAUUCUGCCCUCGAGGACGCGGCAGAGAUCGCCGCCUCCGCAAGGGGCGUAUCUCCUCUCCGAUAAGGAAGACGACGACGACGACGACGAAGUCGAUGAUGAUGUUAAUGAUAGCGAGUAGCUGGGAUGAAGAGAAAAUGAGGAUACGAUGUACCAGGACUGAGGGAGAGCUAUUGUGUUUCAAGUCUACAAAUUCUUGAUCUUCUUCUUGUUUCAUGAAAGGAUGAUACUAUGACAUUCAAGAGUUUAAGUGGCUUCCAAAUUUUCCCCUCAGAAACCAACAGACUGCUGUAGCCUCCUUUUCAAAAGAGGACUGUAAUGAUUCAGUAUUUUAUGAUAUCUUUGUGUUGAGGCAAUGGAGAGCCAGUCUGUGCAAGGCCCUUCUUGUUGAGCUUUUGCAACUCUUCAUUUUUCUAAAGGAAGUGGGUGAAGCUGGCUUGUUUCUCUUGGAUAA